AAUUCUGGAGCCGCCACUGCACUCCAGCUGUCCUUAGCUUCUGAGCUUUGGAUUCUGGGCGGGUAAGGGUCACAGUCCCGGUCCCAGGGUCCUGGAAAGAGUGUGCCCUUGGCUCCUUGCCCUGGCUCUGCCCCCCACUGUCUAGUGGACUAGGACAAGUCACCCCCACCCCGUCUGGGCCUGACAGCAUUGCUCUGCCCAAUGAGGCCCAGGCUGGAUCAGAAGCUUCCAGGCCUAGGACCUUGCAGGCCUAGGCUCAGCUCCCGCCCCCAUGAAGGCCACCAGACGACUUACAGCAACAAAGGACCAAAGCCCGAGAGGGGCCGGUUCCUUCACUUCCACUCUGUGACCUUCUGGGUUGGCAACGCCAAGCAGGCUGCCUCCUUCUACUGCAACAAGAUGGGCUUCGAACCCUUCGCCUACCGGGGCCUGGAGACAGGCGCGCGGGAGGUGGUCAGCCACGUGAUCAAGCAAGGGAAGAUUGUGUUUGUGCUGUCCUCGGCGCUCAACCCCUGGAACAAAGAGAUGGGCGAUCACCUGGUGAAACAUGGAGACGGAGUGAAGGACAUCACGUUCGAGGUGGAAGAUUGUGACUCCAUUGUGCAGAAAGCCCGGGAACGGGGUGCCAAAAUCGUGCGGGAGCCCUGGGUGGAGCAGGACAAGUUUGGGAAGGUGAAGUUUGCUGUGCUGCAGACGUACGGGGACACCACACACACCCUGGUGGAGAAGGUGAACUACACUGGACGGUUCUUGCCUGGAUUUGAGGCCCCAGUAAUGACGGAUCCUCUCCUUUCCAAGCUUCCCAACUGUCAUCUUGAGAUUAUUGAUCACAUUGUGGGAAACCAGCCUGACCAGGAGAUGGUGUCUGCUUCAGAAUGGUACCUGAAGAAUCUGCAGUUCCACCGCUUCUGGUCCGUGGAUGACAAGCAGGUGCACACAGAGUACAGCUCUCUGCGCUCCGUUGUGGUGGCCAACUACGAGGAGUCCAUCAAGAUGCCCAUUAACGAGCCAGCACCAGGCAAGAAGAAGUCCCAGAUCCAGGAAUUUGUGGAGUAUAAUGGGGGCGCUGGGGUCCAGCACAUCGCUCUCAAGACCCAAGACAUCAUCACAUCGAUUCGCCACUUGAGAGAGAGAGGCACGGAGUUCCUGGCUGUUCCUUCCACAUACUACAAACAGAUCCGGGAGAAGCUCAAGACGGCCAAGAUCAAGGUGAAGGAGAACAUCGACAUCCUGGAGGAGCUGAGAAUCCUGGUGGACUACGACGAGAAAGGCUACCUCCUGCAAAUCUUCACCAAGCCCAUGCAGGACCGGCCCACGCUCUUCCUAGAAAUCAUCCAGCGCCACAACCACCAGGGUUUUGGAGCUGGCAACUUUAACGCACUGUUCAAGGCUUUCGAGGAGGAGCAGGAUCUGCGGGGCAACCUCAUCGACGUGAACACCAACGGCGUGGUGCCGGGCAUGUAGGCCCCGCCCAUCCCGCCCGCCCCACCGAGGCCCCGCCCACACGCCGGCGGAAGGCCACGCCUCCCGUUUCUGGAGCACGCCCA